GAUUUCGCAAAUCGCGACAGCUUUCGAAAGUUUCAAAAUUGCCAAAAAACUUGCGACGUGGGCGGUUUUCUUUCCCGGCGCAAAAUUUUAACUGCCCCCGCUCAGCAAUAGGAGUUAUAAUUUAUUGUUUAUUCACAUUGAACGCUUGAAAAACCUUUACAAACUUUUGGAUUGACAGAAAACCUGUAA